GGUCGAAUACUUUUUGUUGUUAAACAUCAUAUUUAUGCUAUAAGGAUAUUAUAAUAUAUUUCUUUACAUUGUGUAAAGCUAUACUAGGUUAAAAUGCUCAACUCUGUAAGUUAAUGAUUUUAAAUUAAAUUGCAAAUAUAUAUGUUGACCUUAAAAUAUCAACACUUAAAUUAAGAUUUCCGUCAUAAAAAAAGCUAUUUCCGUGAACUGCUCAGGUCUGUGUAACCAAUUACAAUGGAUUAGUAAUUGUGUUUGACGUUUAUGGCCUGCGAAGUUUAUUCAGCUUAUGGUUUGUGAUCAAUUGUUGUGUAACUGCCUCGGCUUUACCAUGUUUAUAAUUUCGUGUUAUUCAAAAAUUAAUGCGAAAGUAAGAGCGGUUAUAAUCACUAUAGUACUGAUGUGUCUCUAUAUCGAAAGGCCUCUUAUGAAUAUGGCAGUGGAUAUGUUCAAACAGACAUCUGGCAAUGGCAAUUUUAGCAGAUACGGACAUUUCCUGAAAAUCACCAUUCGCCAUGAAUCUCAAAACAGAAGUUGCGAAGUGAAAAACAUUGAUGACUGUGCGUAUCGCGCAGGAAAUAGCACAGUUGCUACUGACACAACAUAUUGCUGUGAGGAUUACAUGGAUGACGAAAGCAUCACGUAUGUGAUGAUACGGGCAAUUCACGUCGUCUUACUGCUGUGUGGUGUUCUCCUCGUGUGUAUGUCAGCAGCAUUCCUCGGAAAACGGAAGAACAUUCAGUUCGAGGCAGUCGUGACACUCGGAUUGUGCAUCGAGUGUGUUAUGAUCGUUUGCUACAUCCUCUUUGCGACUGUGGUUGCCAAUUCAUUGGGGUUCUCAACUGCUGACCUGACAACCUUCUUCUAUUCAACGACCGUCAUAACUGCUUGUCUUCUUACACUAACGUUCUGUACGCUCGCUAUAUCAGUUGUGUCAGGGAGGAAACUUCCUUGGAGUAACGAUGAUAACGAUAAAAGCGUCAAACCAUUAAUGCAGGCAUGCAAAACAUAAAUGAGCGUUGUCCGUGAUGGGUUUGAUUUGCCGUGAAGAAAAAGAGCAUAAUUAAUGAAUGACAGAUAAUUGUUACCUUAGGACCAAUUAUUUGCUACUUAUUGCAUAUUUAUUGUACUAUAAUGCUGUGUAUACCUGAUAUUCAGCUGUUCAAUUCGAUAUCGCCUUUUUGUAUUAAAAUGUACAGUAGAAGAUUAACCGUUAUCUCACGUCAAUUAACCAAGUUUCCGUUCAACAGUAUAGUGACCUGAGCCUACAUUUACGAACUUAUGACAUGUUAAGGAAAUAAAUAAAACACUUAUUCUUCUAGUACAUAAUCGUGACUAUUGGCGGCAGUUAAUUUUGUAUUGAUAGGAUAUCCACAAAAGAUGAACUCAGCUUUAUAUUUAUAAACAUUGUAAUUUGCAUGCCAUAUGGCGAUGAUUUUGCGUGUCUACUAUUCGCUAUGAGUGGUAAUUAUAUCCGUGUGCGUUGGUGUUAUUUUAUCUUCCACGGUUUGAGUUCGAUUCAAGCUAAAAGCAUAUUGAAUUUAAGUUAUGAAUUUCAUGUGACAAAGCGUUCAUUGCUUAUGUAUGUAAAACAUCAAAGAUACUUUUUUUCAGAAAUACGAUCCAAAAUAAUACUGUUAAAUAAAUUUCAUAACCACAUCGAUAGAAAUUACGUGUCUUGCUGUCGAUCGGAUUUAUAUAUAUUUAUAUUCUCAAAGUUUGUUAUCUUGCUAUGUUGUUAUACCUAUUUACGUGACAGAACUCAAUGUGCAUAUUGAAGUAUGAAGACGAUGUACUCUUUUACAAGUCUGAAUAAAAAAGUAUUUCUGUU